CUUCGGUGUCCCUCGAUGCACCAUAGUGUUAGGUCCCAGGUUCCGUUUGUACACCACUCAGAUUUAGGGCAGGCACCUGAUACUUAGCUAAGUUUCUGCGUAACCACGUCUGUCAAGUCAACCAGUUUAUAAUAGGCGUUAGUAGCACUUUACAUUGGAUAGUAUAUUUCAAAACGGCCAAACAGCACGGAACUGAUUACGUGAAUGUUUUUCUCUUAUAUUUUUUUGCUGAUGCAUUAUUUUCGCAACUGUGUGCGCGCGCGCUUACAGUACCCAGUCAAGUGAUGUCCAUACUGCCAAUCAGUGCAAUUGGCCGGUCGUUCCACCAGCCGCGUACUCUUAUUAGUGACGCUGAGCCGCAGACACCAGGCACUAACGCAAUGCUGUUCCUUAUACGUGGAAUAAAAGCUGGGGUAUCCCGCGCGGCGCGUCUGGCGUACAGCGUGCUGUCGCGUCGGAAAGCUGCCGAGGAGGGCGCCGCUCGACUUGCCAGGGUCCUCUCCGCUUUGGACCUCACCGCCCUGGGCGUGGGGAGCACCCUCGGGGUGGGCGUGUAUGUGUUAGCCGGAGAUGUCGCCAAGAACUAUGCCGGACCCGCUGUGAUACUGUCAUUCCUGCUGGCUGCUGUUGCUAGUGUUUUUGCUGGUCUAUGCUACGCAGAGUUCGGUGCAAGAGUACCCAAGGCAGGCUCCGCUUACGUAUACAGUUAUGUGUGUGUUGGGGAAUUCAUAGCAUUUAUCAUUGGAUGGAAUUUGAUACUGGAAUAUAUUAUAGGUGCAGCGUCAGUAGUGAAAGCCCUAAGUGAAUAUCUGGACUCGCUGCUGAAUAAAGCGAUCUCGUCGUAUCUACAAGAGGUGUUGCCGAUGGACUCGCCGCACUUGGCCAGUUAUCCAGAUUUGUUCGCUUUUGCCGUCAUUAUGGUGUUCUCUGUGGCCCUCGCAUUCGGCGUGAAGGAGUCGUCAAAGUUCAACAACUUCUGUACGGGUGUGAACCUCUGCGUGGUGCUGUUUGUAAUCAUAUCGGGCUCGUUUAAAGCUGAUACCAAGAACUGGCGGAUCCCAGCGUCGGAAGUGCCCCAGAAUACUGGCAAGGACUUCGGUACCGGCGGCUUCGCGCCGUACGGGCUCGCCGGCAUAAUCAAGGGUGCUGCUGUAUGCUUCUACGGAUUUAUCGGCUUCGACUGCGUGGCGACGGCGGGCGAAGAGGCGCGGCGGCCGCAGAAGUCGAUCCCGUUCGCGGUGGUGGCGUCGCUGCUGGUGGUGUUCCUCGCCUACUGCGGCGUCUCCUCCGUGCUCACGCUCAUGCUGCCCUACUACAUGCAGGAUGAAAAAGCUCCCUUCCCGUUCGUGUACGAUCGUCUGGGCUGGUCGUGGGCCAAGUAUGCGGUCAGCGUCGGCGCCAUCUGCGCACUCUGCUCCAGCCUGCUGGGCGCGGUGUUCCCGCUGCCGCGGAUCAUCUACGCGAUGUCGUCGGACGGGCUGCUGUUCCGCUGCAUGGGCCGCGUCAGCCAGCGCUUCCAGACGCCGCUCGUCGGCACCAUCGUCGCCGGACUCUUCACCGGUACCCUGGCUAUGAUCUUCAAAUUAGAGCAGCUGAUCCACAUGAUGUCUAUUGGUACCCUCCUCGCGUACUCUAUGGUCGCCUCAUGCGUUCUAUUGCUCAGGUACGAGUGCAGCGCGGCGUCGCAGCGAGUGGCCGCGCCGCCGCUGUCGGUGCGCGGCGUGCUGCGGCCGCUGGCGGCCGUGUGGGCCGCGCCCGACCCCCACGCGGUGCCCACCAGAGCCAGCGCCGCGCUCGUCGCCGCACUCGUCUCCACUUACGGCGUGUGGUGCUUCAUAAUGAUGUCGAGUAUCAACAAGUACGGGGACGCGAUACUGCGAGGUGAGGCUGGUCCCACCGCCAUGCUGGUCAUUGGAGUUGUGCUGGUUGUGUUCACGCUGUACGCCAUAUCCAGGCAGCCGGUCUCGGAGAAGAAAUUGGCUUUCUCUGUGCCGCUGGUGCCUUGGUUGCCCGGUCUCAGCAUCCUCAUCAAUGUGUACCUGAUGCUGAAUCUGGAUUAUAUGACGUGGAUCCGGUUCGCGGUCUGGAUCGCCGCUGGUCUUCUAAUCUACGUUACAUACGGCGUGUGGCAUAGCAGUGAAAGACGUCGAACCCAGGACUCCGUGCAAUUGACUCAGUUCCACGACAGUCAGACAGCACUGCUGAAUAACGGUCUACAGCACACGGUCGGCUGACACGAGGGAGAGAGAGUAAGAGAGGGGGAUAGAGUGAGGGAAACAGCCGGCGGGAGACGGGAGACAGAAAGAGAUGCGAUCAGCCCUAGUGGUACCGUCAUAUCUUUUGUAUCCAGUAUUUGAAUUUUGUAUAGUUAUUUAAAAUUAUUAUGUUGAAAUGCGACAUACUAUGCUGUUGCUAUAUAUCAUUUUAUAUGUGUAAGUUUAAUCAAAGUAUCUGACAUAUAAUAUACUUAGAAAAAGAUGUUUAAAAUUGGGUCCAUAUACAUAUACAGGAUCCCAAAAAUUGGGGGAAAAAAAUAUGAGGAAUAUCGAAAAGAAUAGAAUAAAAUCCAUUUGCUAAAUGGUUUAUUGGAACAAAAGCAUUUCCAGUUUUUUUUUUUAUAUUCUCUCUCUCUCUUUGUCCACUUCAUUACUGAAGGUCGUGUCCUUGAAAGGCGUCUGUUGCCUCUCUUAUGAUAUUUCUCCAUUUUGCACUGUCUUCAGCCUCUCGCAGGCCAGCUGCAACUAAUACUCCGGUAACGGCGGUUACUUGGUUCGACCAUCGACCAGGUGAUCGUCCGCGUGGUCUUUUCCCCUCUGUCUUGCCUACGACCAUUAGUUUGUCCAGAUUUUUGGACUGUCGACAAGCAAUAUGACCGAAGUAUUCGACAGCAGACUGUCGAGAGCUUAUUUUUUAUGCGGAGUUGCGUCAGGAUAGAUGUGUUCAAUCGCUUUGCUGUCCAAUGAAUUCGCAGCAUCCUUCGUCAGCACCACAUCUCGAGAGCAUAAAUUUUUUUCCGCUCCUUUGCUCUUAUUGUCUACGACUCGACCCCAUAUAAAAAUAAAGAAAAAACAUUUUUUUUGAGAGAGAGGUGAGAGUUUUUGUACAAGAUUUAAAACAACAAAUAUAAAAAACGUAUGCCUAUAUAAAGACGGGACUUAUGUUCUAUUAUAGUACUGCUAACAAUAAUUAGAGUCUGAUCUGAUGGGUUAUAUUGCUAGCAAUGGGGCUGUUAUCCCCCAUUGCUAACAAUCCUCUCCCCUUUUUAGGUAUAUUAUGUGUCGAAGGCGAGUGCGUCACUGAUAAUCGUAUUUAGUUGCUUGACGCUUAUAGACUGUAACAGUAGGAAUUGGGACCACUAACGCGCUAUGGCAGACAAUAUAAUUAUUGCAUUUAGCAUUUGUAUAUUAAAAAAUUGCAUACAAAUCAUUAUGUAUGACUUUAAAUUGUAUUGAGUGUUAAUUUACUGUAUCGCAGUAUGAUAUCGUACGAUUAUAUCGUCACGAUAUAAUAGAGGAUUAUUAUAUCGCGACGAUAAAAUUGUACGAUAAAAUACAGUAUGUAUAGUGUAUUGGAAGCUUUUGAUUUUCUGCGACAAUACCAUGUGAAUGGAAAUUUAUAAGCAACUUCGUAUAUUUCAUUCAUUUGUGUUUCAACCGUGAAGCAGUUGUAUUUGCAUGGCUGUGUUUCGGUUUGAAGGGUGGGAACACGUUGAUACUCCCAUCAACUUCUAAUCAAUUUAAUUGAUUGUUUUCAUACCAAUCGGAAAUCUAUGAUUAAUCGACAUGUCUCCUAAAUAAAAAGAUUGAAACAAGAAUCACAGAAACACAUCGUAAUACGGAAUUUAUCCAAAAUACGAUGAAAUCAAAUAUGAAAGUAGUUGAUUUUUUUUAUUUAUGUUGAUGCAAACACAACUGCUUCACGGUAGAAACACGAAUGGGACAGAGGUAGCCAAGCAAUUUACUUUUGUUUAAGUCUUCCUCAUUUGAGAUGUUAUUAAAAAUUGUAAAGAAAAAAAAUAUGGGUAAAAACGCUCACUCUUUUUUUUUAAAUAGACUUUAAAAAGAAAGUCCUCAAUUUGGUAGUUUUUUUUCUACCAUUUUAUAUUUAUGCUUACUGUACUUAUACAGUUGUAUCGUAGUGUUUGUAAAUUGUCUUGCUUAUUCCCUAUAUUGUAUAAUGCAAAUAAAGUAUACUCAUUCAUUCAUUCAUUUGUUACCUUGUAACUUUUUUUUUAACAAAAUCGAUUCUGUAGUCAUUUUAAAAUCAAAAAGUUUUAAGAAGUUAUUGUAUAAUUUGGAAAUGGAAUAAAUUUGGAUCAUAACUGUAAUCAAUAAUGUAAUGUACGUCUGUAAACGCGUUGUAACGUUUACUUCUAACUUACCGCUAAAUGAUGUUUACAAUGUAAGGUUGACAAACUGCAUAUAAAAUAGAUAGAUUUUUGUAUUGUUUUCUUUUUAAAUGGCGUGCUCAUUACUUUUUUGCAAACUGUUAUCGUAACUUGUAACAAUAAAUAACUAGUGUUGCCACAGUAAAAUUUUGUGGGAUACAAUCUUAAAUUAUUCUAACUUAUUAUGAGUAUUCUUUCGUUGCUGUACUUGGUUUUUUUUAUAUCAUCUUUUUUAGUCUGGCCUUACUUAGUUUUAUUUUGGCUCUUGUUUUUUUUUUUUUUCUAUUCUCUGCACUUUUUGUAAAACGUCAUAAUAUCAAAAUGUAGAGAUUUCAGUUGUAACUUAUUUGGUGAGGUGAUCACUGGACUCUUAGGUAUGAUGGAUCUCCUACAUGGGAUAUUAAUAUUGUGUCGUCUAUUUAUUUAUAUAAUUAUAUUUUAUGGGAAACAACUGUGUUUCUAUGAAGCGAUAGUUUUACACUGUAUUGUCUGAUAUUAGUGUAAUCCUUUAUACUGAAUAUUUAUUUUAUUAAAAAUAUAUAUAUAUAAAAAAAAACAAAUAUUAACGUCAACACUUUUUUUUUGUUAUUUUGAUUUUUUGUAAUAAAAUAUAUAGAAGUAAAUUAUAAACUUUCUCACACAUGGCAACAUUGAUAUAUAUAUAUACUCUCUUAUUCAUAAAAACCUAUUGUAUCUAUUGAACUGUUUUGUCCCUUUCUUUUGUUCUAAAUUCUCAGUUUGAAUGAAAGUGACAAAAUAGUGUAAUAGUCAUAAUAGGUUUGUAGGAAGUUUUAGUUUUUCUGAAUAAGGGGGUGACUAUUAUGUCGCCUAUAAUUUCAAGCAUCAAAAUAUUGCAGUUGUUUCCCUAAUGCCCAAUGUUUAUAUGUAUAUUACACAAAUACUUAGAAACUGUACUUAGAAAUCUCCAAUUUUGGUUCCUAUAUAUUUCACCAAAGUAUGUUUAUGUAAACGACUCUUAGAUUACAUAGAUAGAGCAACGAGUCUCAAAAAACUGGUCUUCGACUCAAAAAACUUUUUGACAGCUAAAUUGUCAAAUUAGCUGACUCGUUUUUUUUUAUCGGUGUUCUAUAUACUUACGCACACAAUGUAUCUUGACGUAUUAUUUAAUAUUUAAAAUGAAUUUUUGCGCAUUAAAAAGAUGCAGAAAUUAUAAGAUGAAUAUAGAAGUUAUGAAGUCGUCACCUUUAUGGUAAACUUAGGAAACUGUAAAAGAUACAUUUUACAGUGGAACGUUUUGAAACAUUAGAAUGCAAAUAACUUUUGACAGAAGACUAUACUGUAAAAGAUCAUGCUAACAUUUUAGUUUUAAAAUCCUGUUUUUUAUUGAAUGCGCUUAAUUAAUUAUUAUUAUAUUACAAAUAUCAGAAAUAAAUGCAUAUUCGUUACUUUGCACCUUCAUACAUGAGAGUUCCUAGGUAUUGAGUUAUACCUAUAACAGCAAAUCUACGAAAGUGGCAGUUUCGUAAGUUGCCAAAGAAAAUCAUUUAUUUAAUCGUUUUCUUUAACCGUUAGAGAUAGAAAUUUGAAAAUAAGCCACAAUAAGUAGUAUGGCGCAAAAUGUAGAUUUUUAAAGAAAUAUGAAAUUUGAAAAAAACUGCAGAUUCGUACAUUUGCCAUAGAGGUGACGGAGUAAUCACUCAUAAUUAUUAAUCGGGCGAAAUUGUUUGAAAAAGUUGAUACGUUUUUCUCGAAGCAUUUGUAUGGAGACACUCUAUGUAUAUAAUCUAAGAAUGGACCAUAUUGCAUCGUGUAUAGCGUGUUGUGAUUUCAGUAUUAGGGCUGUGCAACAGCACUUUAGGAUAAGUGAAUCAGAUUCACCGUUAAUUAAGUAAAUACUUAUGUACAUGUAAAUACAUGUUGAGAGACCAUUCCUCGCUCGGCUGGAGAAGUAACUCCUUUCUAUUGUAGAUAAGUGGUAAAUUCUAUCGACAGACUCGUUAUCGCUAGCGAUACAUCAGAUAGAGUGAGAUGACGAUAGUCGAUGUCUGUCUCUUUCUAAUGCGAACGCUAACCGAAACGGUUCUAUGGAUAGAAUAGUUUGAUUUUAAACUCUUCCGUUGUUUACACAUAUUUUAAAUACACAAUCGUGAUAGCUUCUUUAUUACCGACGUUUCGACAUGGAUUGCACCACGUCGUGGUAUAUGUAAGUACGUAGGUACUUUGGUAUGUAGGUACUUAGGUAUAUAGGUACUUAGGUACGUAGGUACUUAGGUAUGUAGGUACUUAGGUACGUAAACAUUUAGGUACUUAGAUAUGUAGGUACUUAGGUACGUAAGUAUUUAGAAACUUAGAUAUGUAGGUACUUAGGUACGUAAGUAUUUAGGUACUUAGAUAUAUAGGUACUUAGGUACGUAGGUAAUUAGGUACUUAGAUAUGUAGGUACUUAGGUACGUAGGUAUUUAGGUACUUAGAUAUGUAGGUACGUAGGUAUUUAGGUACUUAGAUAUGUAGGUACUUAAGUAUGUAAGUACUAUUUACCUGUAAAGGCUUUUACAUCGCGUUAAGUCCCGAUUGUGUAUUUAAAAUAGAUUAGUUUGGUACUAUUCUUGGGGUUUUUUUUU